CAUGAGACUGCAAAGAUGCUGCUACAAGAGUUGUGAUGAUGAGACAGAGGGAGAGAGGGAGCAGCAGGGAAAGAAAUAUCUGACUGUAACCCAACAAAACGUGGAAAGAGAAGGAAGCAGCAAGCAGCUGGUGUUCCUGAGAUUAAAUAGUUCUCCCAGCAUUUUCUGCUGUUCCCUGCAAUCUCCCUGGUGUGGUAAACCCGUGUCCAGGGAAGAAGGUGCCUUUUAACGGUGAGCUGCACAGAGCUCUGUGCGAGUCAUUUAAGCUGGCAGAGAGACAGUGGCUAUUGGUGUGUGUGUGUAUAAUAUACACCAUAGAAGGGGGUUUUGCUGGAAGAGUUCAGUCGCUCUGCUUCCCCUGCACUGAUUAAGCAGAUGCAGGACCUGCUAGGGAAGGCUGAAUAGUAGCCUUAACUCUUCACUACCCAGGAAUAACAGAUCUAUCAGGAGAGCUCUGCAUUGCAUCAACUUGCCAAUUUGGUCCGUUUUGGAAACCAUGCAUUUGUAGAACUGAAAUCGAAUGUAGAUUUAACGAGGGGGGUUAUUUUAUCAAACAGGGUAAGAUAAACCUCUGCAUUGACAAGUGGAACGUUCUUCUGAAUACAUGACAUAUCUAUCACACAGAUCCUCAGAUGCAUGCAUCUCUGACUAAACUCAUCUUCUAGGCUUUAUUGUAAAUGCUGUGAAAUGGUCACAUAAGCCUCAUGGAAGGAGUGCAAUGUCACUUCUGUGCUCAUUUUACCAAGACACAUUAAUAUGAAAUUAUAAAGGAAAGGACGUUUAAAAAAACAAGCAGCAAACAAACAAAAAAAAUGAAUCAUUUUGUUAAGCUAAGAAGAAGCUUCCGAACACUAGUAAUUCUUUUAACCACUUUUUGCCUUGCAAGCAUAAUAAUUUCAGCUUACCAUUUGUACUCCAGUCACAAACAGGCAAUUGUGCUUAUUGAUGCAACAGCCCAAUCUGAAUGUGUGGACUUUCAAUUCUUACCAUAUAGAACUUUGGGUAUAAAAACUGCUAAACCCCUUGAUACUUCAAAAACAGAUCUUACGGUGUUACUUUUUGUAGAGAGUCAAUAUUCUCAACUUGGACAGGAUAUUGUAGCAAUUCUGGAAUCCAGCAAGUUUCAGUAUCAUGUAGUUAUUGCACCUGGGAGAGGAGAUAUCCCUCCCCUAACAAAAGAUGGGAGAGGCAAAUAUUCAAUUAUUGUAUAUGAAAAUGUUUUAAAGUAUGUAUCAAUGGACUCAUGGAACCGAGAGCUCUUAGAAAAAUAUUGUGUUGAAUACAGUGUUAGUAUUAUUGGUUUUCAUAAAGCAAAUGAAAAUAGCUUGCCAAUUACAAAACUGAAAGGUUUGCCUUUACUUUUGUAUAAUAAUGUCGCUCUGAAGGACUGUUUUGUAAAUCCUAACUCCCCACUGCUUCAUAUUACAAAAGCUUCAGCCAUUGAGAAUGGUCCUUUACCUGGAGAAGACUGGACAGUCUUUCAACACAACCAUACAACGUACCAACCAGUGAUAUUAUCUCAAUUACAGCAUACGGGAGAUGACAAGCAUUUUUUAUCAAGCUCUGUUUCUUAUGCCACUGUAAUCCAGGAUCUUGGCCUACAUGAUGGAAUUCAACGAGUUUUGUUUGGCAACAACUUGAAUUUUUGGUUGCACAAGUUAAUUUUUAUAGAUGCAAUAUCUUUUUUGUCUGGGAAGAAACUCAGUUUAUCAUUGGAAAGAUAUAUUCUUGUUGACAUUGAUGACAUAUUUGUGGGAAAAGAGGGGACUAGGAUGACUUCAAAUGAUGUUAAGGCUUUACUAGAGACACAAAGAUUAUUGCGCACUCAGGUUGCAAAUUUCACCUUCAAUCUUGGAUUUUCAGGGAAGUUUUAUCAUACAGGUACUAUGGAAGAAGACGAAGGAGAUGACCUCCUGUUGAGAUCGGUUGAUGCAUUUUGGUGGUUCCCUCACAUGUGGAGUCAUAUGCAGCCUCACCUCUUCCAUAAUGAGUCUUCACUGGUGGAACAAAUGAUACUUAACAAAGAAUUUGCACAAGAGCAUGGUAUUCCAACAUAUAUGGGCUAUGCAGUCGCUCCACAUCACUCAGGUGUCUAUCCGGUACACGUACAACUCUAUGAAGCCUGGAAGAAGGUUUGGGGAAUUAAAGUUACUAGCACGGAAGAAUAUCCUCACCUUAAACCUGCACGUUACAGGCGAGGAUUUAUACACAAUGGCAUAAUGGUUUUGCCUCGACAAACCUGUGGCUUAUUCACGCAUACCAUUUUUUACAAAGAAUAUCCUGGUGGACCCAGUGAAUUGGACAAAAGUAUUCGAGGAGGGGAACUCUUUCUUACUGUGCUUCUCAACCCUAUCAGCAUUUUCAUGACACACUUGUCUAAUUAUGGGAAUGACCGGCUCGGCUUGUACACAUUUGUCAACCUUGCCAAAUUUGUUCAAACCUGGACCAAUUUGAAGCUACAGACGCUGCCUCCACUGCAACUGGCUCGAAAAUACUUUGAACUCUUUCCAGAGCAAAAGGAUCCAAUCUGGCAGAAUCCAUGUGAUGAUCGAAGGCAUAGGGAUAUUUGGUCCCGGGAUAAAACCUGUGACCCUUUACCAAAAUUCCUUGUCGUAGGACCUCAGAAAACUGGCACAACAGCACUUUAUCUAUUUCUACUGAUGCAUCCUUACAUCAAGAGCAACUUUCCUAACCCAAAGACAUUUGAAGAAGUGCAAUUCUUUAAUGGAAACAAUUAUCAUAAAGGAAUUGAUUGGUACAUAAAUUUCUUUCCUUAUCCUUCAAAUGCAAGUUCUGAUUUCCUGUUUGAGAAGAGCGCCAACUAUUUCAGCUCUGAAGAAGCUCCUAAGCGGGUUGCAGCACUUUUACCAAAAGCAAAAAUCAUCACAAUACUUAUUGAUCCAUCAGAUAGGGCAUACUUCUGGUACCAGCAUCAGCGAUCUCAUGAAGAUCCGGCUGCCUUAAAAUUUAGCUUCUAUGAAGUGAUUUCUGCUGGAAAUAGUGCUAAUUCUGAGCUACUAGCCCUGCAGAGGAGAUGUCUUAUACCAGGCUGCUAUGCUUCUCACAUAGAAAGAUGGUUGACUUAUUUUCCACCUUCACAGCUUUUGAUAAUUGAUGGACAACAUUUAAGAAGUGAACCGGCUCUCAUAAUGGAUGAAGUUCAGAAGUUUCUGGGAGUGUCACCUUACUAUAAUUAUACAGAGGCUUUAACCUUCAGUCCACAAAAAGGCUUCUGGUGUCAGCUGUUGGAUGGUGGGAAAACAAAGUGUCUUGGAAAAAAUAAAAGUCGCAAGUACCCUACAAUGGAUUUGGAGUCUAGAGCUUUUCUUUCAAGUUAUUAUCGGGACCACAACAUUGAACUGUCCAAACUUCUACACAGACUGGGACUACCAUUACCGUCAUGGCUGAGACAGGAGCUGCAGAAAUGUUUCUACGUAAUGAAGAAAUUGAUGUGCGGGCUUCACUAGAGAUAACAGUUCAUGUCACAAGAAAACCUAAGCAGAGAAAAGAAUAUGGACUCACGCUCUGAAGUGGAAAAAUAUUUAACUAUUUUAAAUAUUUAAUCCUCACUAAUAACCUGUUUGUGGUUGUGUUUAAUAUUAUACACUUGUGAGACAACAAAAGACUUUUGA